AUGGAUGAGAUUCUUGACUCUCUGGGAGAGGGAAUGGCUGCCCACCUGUUUUUGAAGAUUGUUCACAAAAUCGUUAAGAUAUUGAAACGAGGAAUUCACACGAGUCUAAGGCAUUGGUUAACCACUUUUAAGGCACUCACCAAAAGUCAGUCUCUGUCAGACACUUACUGUAAUUCUUGCCGUGUGAGUCGUAUCAAUGAUAUGGUAGUGGUUCAGCAAAAGUCUUUGAACGACACAAUUGAUCCAACAGUUAAUAAAUUGAGUUACGAUGACAUAUAUAGCGAUUGGUCCAAAUGGAGUAAAUGUCGGCGCCGUUGCAAACAAGUCCGUACCCGACAGUGUGUCUCUGCUGAACACUGCGGCACAACAAUUGUUAAAGAAGAGAGAGCUUGUCGUGGAGGCAAAUGUUUGACAAAUCCGGACACAUCUACACCAGGGAGUACUGAAAACCAAGAGGUGCCACAUAAAGGUCGUGGUCGGUCAUCCCAAUUCCGUGUCCUCUAUCAUCUACAAAGUUAUGUCUACUCUCAAUGGUCAGAGUGGUCGUCGUGUACUAAUAAUUGUCGCACUCGGAGAUCGCGUUCUUGUGAAAUGAAACAGAUAUGUGGUAACAGUAUUAUACAAGAAGACGCCCUCUGCUAUAUUCAAGGCAGUCGUUGUGAAACACUUUACAAAGAAAAACCUAAAAACUCUGAUGAAAAUUCUGUGACAUCUGAUCCAAUAUCCCUAUUCACUCCUCCAUCAAUAUCUGCCUCAGCAGUUGUCAAUGCAUCUAAUGAGACAAAACCUGAUCCAAUUGAUGAUCUCAAUUGUGGAAUUUCUUCUGUAUUGAAUGAUAUGGUCAGUAAUUUACGAAUUAUUGGCGGCCGUGAGUCUACUAAAGGUCGGUGGCCAUGGAUGGUGUCAAUUCUCAACCGAUAUUACGAGCCAUUUUGCGGGGGCACUUUAAUUGCUCCACAAUUUGUCAUUACAGCAGCUCAUUGUGUGCGAAGACGACUUUACGUGAGAGCCGGCGAACAUGACUUAAUCUUUGCCGACGGCUAUGAACAACAGGUACGCGUAUCGGACAUCUUUGUGCACCCGGACUACGACGCCGAGACAGUUGACAACGAUAUAGCAGUGCUUCGGUUGAGAACACCAUUAAAAAUGAAUAGAUUUGUAGCGCCGGCCUGUUUGCCCACACCUGAAGAUGAAAUGUCAGUCAACAGUUUAGGCACAAUCUUAGGUUGGGGUAAACGGCGAAACUCUGCAUUGUUUGGCACUGAUGUCUUACAUCAGGCACAGGUACCCAUCGCUGACAUCAAUGACUGCAAAGAAGUUUACGACAACUAUUUUAUAUCUCCUAAUAUGGUUUGCGCCGGAUAUAAGAGAGGCAAAGUUGAUAGCUGUGCCGGUGAUAGUGGAGGUCCCCUAUUGUUUAGCAAACAGAUGACAAUCAAUGAUAAAACUGUCGAUAAAUGGUUUGUCUACGGAAUCACUAGUUUUGGUGAGGGUUGCGGUCGAAAAGGCAGAUAUGGUAUAUAUGCUAAAGUGCCUAAUCUUGUAAAAUGGAUCCGUAAAACAAUUCAAAGAAAUGUAAAAUAG